AUGCUGAAAAAUGCAUAAAGAAAGAGAAGAAAUGUAGAGUUGCUUUUGAUUGAAUCUGUACUAGUACACUGAUGAAAUCAACAAAAGUGAUGAGCUAUUACUGGGAAGUAUGGAUAAAAAUAUCGCAGAGCAGCUUAAUAAGGCAUUUGAAGCCUUUCGCCAGGCAUGUAUGGAUAGAGAUUCCGCAGUGAAAGAGCUCAAGCAAAAGACGGACAGCUAUGAAAAGCAAAUACGUGAACAACAGGACCAAAUAGAAUCUCUGACAAGGGCUGUUGCAAAUCUCAAAUCACAGUUGGCUCCUUUGAACGCGAAUAGAGUGAAUACACACGAUCCAGUUCCUGAUGACAAUGAAAUAAGAAGAAAUGGUACCUUGUUAAACUUGAAUUGUGAUCAGCUCCAUGAGAAGCUGAAGUUGGCAACGCAAAGGGAGAAACGUUUAAAGGAACAAUUGGAGAUUGGGAGCAUCAAACUAAAGCAAACAGAAGAGGGCAAUAAUUUAAAAGAAAAGGAAUUUGAAUCUGUUCUUGCCACCAAAGAAGAUGAAAUAAGGCUUCUAAAGAAACAGCUAAAAGAAAUAAGCAAAGCACAAAACUGUGCACAGGUCAUAAGAUAUGAAAAAGAGGCAAAAAGCGACAAACAGGCUUCAUCUAGGCAGGAAUUCUCCUCAGGGCCCUGUGCUGCUACUUCCUUUGAAAGGGAUGAACUUGAGACCGUUUUCUGGGGAAUGAAGGAAGAAUUUCAUCGCAUACGUACGCUAGCGAGGAUACAGACGGACCAGCUGAGUAAAUUUAAGCUACGGAGAGAACCUGUGACUGAAAUUCCAUUCUCCAAGCCCAUCCAGUGUACCGAUGAACAUGCAGAUGAUCUUUGUAACCCUUGGGUUAAAAAGGAUAUCAGUAGAGACCUUGUUCCGCACUUCCCACCCAUCACCCCAAGAGGCAUGGGCCCAGAUGAGGAAGAGAACUCUGUGGAGUCCCUUUCUAAACUGAGUGUCAAGUUCCCACCUACAGACAGCGACUCUACUUUUUUGCAGAGUUCACCAGAUACUCCGCUGGUUCCCUGUGCGGUGGGGCCUGAAUGCUUGCUUCCGGAGCCGCAGUUCGACAGGGAACUUGGAGACCAAGCUGUGAACUUCAGGAUCCCCAAUGUUCACUUGUUUGAACAACGCACUUCUGCCGUGCAUAACCUGUUGGUCACGAACAAGGCCGAACCCUCUAUCCACACAAACGCGACCUUGCAGAGUCCUUUGGACAAAGCUCCAGGCUUUAAAGCACCCUUCUUAAACGAUUUUGGAGCCUCACCCUCUUUAGAAGCUAAUGAGAGAACUGUUGGUGCACCUCAGCAGCCACUCUGGGAGCCGUAUCAUACUCAAGACAAUGACUUCUUGAUGGUUACUUCUGCAGACCCAGAACUCGAUCAGCCUGGAAUAUGUGAAUUCUGCCAGAAAGUUUUCCCACCAUCUCUUACAUCCAACGAGGAUUUUCUAAGGCAUCUGAAUUCACACUUCGACAAGAAGACUUAGUGGGACUGGA